AGCGCUGAGGCUUUGGCGCUGUCCACAAGAGAGCAGGUUCUGAAACGCGCCGUGCGCUCGUUCUGUGUUGCGCGGUAAAGACCGAGGCUCGCCGCACAUCCACCACUUCUCACCAGCGGGGCAUUCACACUGGACGAACAUUGUUCGGCGGACAUUAUCGUUUUUGACCCUCUCAGUGACCGAGACCAAUUACACUACCCUUUGAGCCAUCUGAGACUUUCCGUGGAUUUUUACUCAAGUGCAAAAGUUGCCUGUUUUUCUUCACGAGUUGUCUUGGACAUUCCACAAGAAAAAAUGAUCAUCGCAAAGGCUGUUUUGUAUUUUCUAUUUAACUCUGGCAAACAUUUUGAUUCCGGUUCCAUAUGAUGCACUUUUUAAUUUCAUUCGUCCCUGGUCAUAUGUCUAUUGUUUGGGGACAUUUUUCCUGUUGGAGUUAUCUGUGUAUUUUUCAAAAAAGAGAAUCCGGAGGAGUUCUGAGGUAUUAGAUGAUCAAGAUGCAAGGAAAUCACAUUCAUAAGCCUUUGAAGUUGCGGUGAAAAUCAAUUGAAUCUUUUGGGUUCUCGUAACCGAACCAGGAUUUUACAAAUCACCAGAAGAGACUGUUAACGGCGCUCUGACAGUGCGAACCUCAGUCACAGUUCACGGGUCACGGUCAGUGAAGCGAGGAUGUCAAGAUAAAUCUGCUAAGAAACAAGACUUCUACAUUUUAUUUUAACUUUAACUUAAGGACACCUUUCGGACUUAAAGCAGUUUAUUUUACCAGGGUUUUCUUUAAAAGUACUGUUUUGUGAACCCUCUCGCCCAGUGAUGUCCAUCUGAAUCAGUUCACUCUGGAUGUUGGGCCGCAAAAUAUCCUGACCCUUCAGGGUUGUGUCCUGACUAUUUGAACUUCGUCUUAUUGAUGAUGGAUGAGAAAAAAUAUUAUUUAUGAAUGAUCUUUUUCUAUUUCUCCCCCAUAUCCAGUAAGCUGUUACCACACUUCUACUUCAGGUUAAAUGAUCUAUUUUUAAACCAAAGUUUCUUUUGACUUCUAAACAGUUUAAACGGAGUUUAAAAGAAACUAUUUCGAACAGAACGGACUGACUACAUUCGCACAAACCUUUAAAAGACCAACAACGGGACAAUACAGUUUGUUUGGUUUUAAACAGAAAGGCCAUUUCUACUUACCGAUGGAAAUCCACUGCAAACACGACCCGUUCGCCGCAAUGCACAGGCAUGGAGGGGUGAAUCAGCUGGGUGGGGUGUUUGUGAAUGGGAGACCUUUGCCUGAUGUGGUCAGGCAGAGGAUUGUGGAGUUAGCCCAUCAGGGCGUACGCCCAUGUGACAUCUCCCGCCAGCUCCGGGUCAGCCAUGGCUGCGUCAGCAAGAUACUGGGCAGGUACUAUGAGACCGGCAGCAUCAGACCAGGGGUGAUCGGAGGCUCCAAACCAAAGGUUGCUACACCCAAAGUAGUUGACAAAAUCGCUGAUUACAAACGCCAAAACCCCACCAUGUUUGCCUGGGAGAUAAGAGACAGACUGCUGGCAGAAAGAGUGUGUGACAAUGACAGCGUUCCUAGCGUCAGCUCAAUCAACAGGAUCAUUCGCACUAAAGUUCAGCAGCCACCCGGUCAAUCAGGAGUUGUCUCCACCCAUAACUUAGCCUCUACAGUAGCAGUGACUCAAGUGUCGGCAGUAACCAGUGAUGCCGCAGGCUCCUCCUAUUCCAUCAGUGGAAUUCUGGGAAUUAGCUCACCUGCUGAUGCAAGCAAGCGGAAAAGAGACGAAACUCUACAGGACUCUCCUUUGGCGAAUGGCCAUGGUCACUCGGGGCGGGACUUUCUGCGCAAGCAGAUGCGAGGAGACCUCUUCACACCGCAACAGCUCGAGGUAUUGGACCAUGUGUUUGAUCGACAGCACUUUCCUGAAAUGCACUUCACCCCUGACAACAGCAGCAUCAAGCCCGCCCAGACGCCUGAUUACUCCGCUAUGGCAUCUCUGGCUGGUGGAUUGGAAGAGAUGAAGAACAGCUUGGGCAAUCAGACAGGAGCAGAGUUGGUUUCCAGCGUUGCCGGACCUCAAUCAUAUCCACUAGUGUCCGGUCGUGACCUGGCCAGCACCACGCUCCCUGGUUAUCCCCCUCAUGUUCCUCCGACUGGGCAGGGGAGUUACUCCACACCCUCCCUCACAGGAAUGGUACCCGGGGGAGAUUUCUCCACCAGCCCUUAUUCCCAUCCUCAGUAUUCUACAUACAAUGAGUCUUGGAGAUUCGCAAACCCCAGCUUACUAGUGUUCCAGCAGGAGUAUGGUUCUUUACUGGGUUCAGAGAGAGCAGCUUCAUCGGGUCUGUUCCCUGGCCAAACCCCACAACCUACAGGAUCUCCAUACUACUAUAGCCCAGCCACACGAGGGACAGGAACGGCUGGCACAGCAACUGCCACUGCCUACGAUCGCCACUGACCAGCCAGGCAGAAUAGACGAGAAAUCAAAGUGGGAGAAAUGCAAAGAGAGCACUGAUAAUGGAUUUACAUUACAUCACCCACAUUAAACUGCCUAUACAUGGAAGAGGAGUAAAGGAGCAGCAGGAAGGAACAAUGAGAAAGAAUGAAGAGGUGACAAUGUUUCCUGCCAGUUACAAUCAAUGUUCAAAUCAGUAGCUUCAGCUUACUUCUGUCUCAUUCACGUGAAUUAGUGCAAAGUUCCACCCAUACACCCUGACUUAUGUGGUCUCAGCUUGGUUUGAUUUAUCUCAUUAAAGCUUUUCUUGUCCUAUCGUCUUUGCAUCCUUAUGGAUUCUGCUUUUAUAAAGAUGAUCAGGUGAUGGGAGUUGGUACCAGACAAUCUACUACAGUGGCAGCUUGAGAUGAUCUGCAUUAUUUGAGUUCUUAUUGUUUUAUGGUGUUAAUCUGGACUGUUUGAAUGUGGCGACAUAAUCAAACCAGAGCAGUGAAUUGUUUUCUGGAGAAAAACAUUUAACAUAGCAAAUACAAAAGAGUUGGACAGAUAACUCAGGUAGGAAUAUUUGCAUUUUUACAUUUAAAGUAGCCAGUAUGAAAGACACGGGACUUGAAAUUCUAGGAAAAUGAUGGUAGUGUAAGUACAGUAAGGGGAGAUUUUACCAAAAGGCCCUGAUGAGUAAGCACAAGUAUAUUUAAUCCAAAAUGUUUUUUUAAGCACCAUUUAAUCAUAAUGGACUUUUUGUUUUCUUGAUUUUAGUUAUAAUGAACUGAAUAAGGAGGGGGUUUAGCAUUCCCAGCUUGGCUAAAAACGGAAGACUCAAUAUAAUGUUUGUGGUUCAGUCAUUACUUGUGAUAUGUUGGGAAAACAGCAGCAUAUGUUACAUAUGAGAGCAUCAGCAUUUUAAAUACUUCUCUCCUCGCUCUGUGUAGAUAAAUACUAUUUACAUAUGUACAGAAUACCCUUAUUCAACUGUACAUUGGUAAGAUUUAUAGCUAUUUAUGAUGGAGAGUAAUAUAUAUAAACCUGUGUAAAAGUUUACUGCAAACAAAUGCUCCAAUGCUAGCUAAAGGUGUUGCUGCGAAAGAUGUGGCUGGUUAUGUUAUAUAGUUCACUCCUAUUAGUUUUACGUGCAAGGGUCGAAUCACAGACAAACUCUUUUUGUGUAGAUAGGGGGAAACUGUUAGCUAGGCUCAUUUCCCCAUCAAGAAAUGAUGUCAUAGUGUCUGUCUCUAAAGGUGACCUCCCCAAAGACUUUAAUCGCUUUUGCAAAUAGACACUCUUAAAGCACAAAAAGACAGAUUUCCUUAACUAAAACUGACUUUAUGUUCACAAUAUCUCAGUUCAUUCAUUUGUUUUUAAGUAUUCCCUUCUGCGCCAAGACAAUGCAUGAGACCAAGGUGGAGGCCUUACCAAACUCUCUAUGUAGCAACAUCGUGCUGUACAGCCUUUCUGUCUGUCCGUCUGAAUAUCCUGUGCAUAUAUCACCUACGAUGACAAGAAUUUUUGAUAUCAUUAUUGAAUGAUAUACUGAUAUCUAACUUUAGAUUCUAGUGGAUGAGAAAAGACAAAAAGUGUGCUUUAUUUAGCUAUCGUAUGUGACACGUGUUUCCAAUUAUUGGUUUUAUUGAUUUUUUUUCAAUACACUGUGCAUUGCUAACUAAGUAGCAAAAGGAAAACACUGUAGUUUCAGUAGUGAGUCACAAGCACCAAAACUUGAUGUGAAAUAAGAAAAAAAUUACAAACCUAUGAAUAUACAGUAUAUAUCUAUACAGUACAUAUAUAUAUAUACACAGAAGUUGAUAGUUUUUAUGAUUUUAUGUUGUUGCUCUGGACUGUAAUAUAGUAAUAGUAUUACAUUUGUUUGUAGAAUACAAGUUGCGCGUUAUGCAACUCUAAAGAAACCCUUGAUGCCGUUCACCACUAAUGACUACUGGUGAACUUUGACCUUUUAAACUUUUAGUCAGAGGCAUUAUGAACCUGAAAUACACCAGCUGAAGUCAAGGACAGUGCCUUUAUUUUUCUACCGAGUCAUUCAGAAUGACCAACGCGUCUCUAAAUUACGAAACUGUCGGCGUGACGUAAUGAGAUUAGAACUUGACAAACCAAUCAAAAAAACAAUGCCACUGAUCACAGUUUUUUAACAAUGUUGUUUAUUUAUAUAUGUUAAAAACCCUGAUAACUUAUUGUUUUAUUGUAGUUGUAUGACUAGUUGACUAAUCUGAGCAAAUAACAACUGGAAAAGGCGAAAAUAUGUUACAUAUAACAAAAUCUUUUUUAUUGAACAUGCACGUUAGUUAAUAAUCUGUGAAAUGCAAUAUUAUUUUCUAUACCCAGCAAGCAAUUUUGCAUGUCUAAUUGAUGUCCAAACAUCUUGACUAAAACAAGGCCAAAUUUGGGAAUUUUGGGUCUAAUCUCAAAAAUAAAUGAUAGAAAAUAAAUAAAUACUAAUCACUGUUGACUUUGCGGUACCACUUUACUUGAAGGGUGUUCAUAAGACUGACAUGCCCACCUUCAUAAACAUGAAGUUACCGUGCCAUGAAAAUGAAGGAGAUUUUAUGCACAUUUAUGACAACUGUCAUUAAGUGCAAUUCGUUCAAUUAUGUUAUUUUUUAAUGCAAAGAUGAUAUUGUUUGAAAUGUAUUUGUUAUGACAACUUGACAUUAAGCAAUACAUCAUAACUUGUCAUGUCAACUUGACAUUAUCAAGACAACAUAACUGACCACUUUUUACCAGUGAUACAAAUUGAUUUUGUCAUUAAAAUGUUAAUACUCUGUCAUAUAGUUUUAUAACAGCGUCAUUAAUUUUUUUCUUGACCUCAACUACAGUGGUACAAAUGAAGAGUUUGGUUUCAAAACGCAAUAAACGCCAUUUUUGAAAAAAAAUUGUUACUGCCAAAAUCAGUAUUAUAUCAGGUCAGUAUUUUAAAGUAAAUUCUUAAUUUUAUGCUAAAUCCAAUUUCCGCUGUGUUAUUCUGUCAUCUUUUCUCCAUUUUUUUCCCAAAAUGCAAUAAACGCCACUCCUCCUUUUCUACAGAAUGCAAUAAAUCCGCUCCACAAAUUACAGCGCACCAUUCUACGCAAUGUAAACAAACAACGGCGGCGCGUUGAAUACACAGAGUCCUAGUUUUCCUCAUCUACUUUGUACUUCGUGAUCAACAAACAAACAAAACCAAACUAAUACUUUAAUAGCAUUGAUAAACCUGUGGUGGUUUUCUGUGACGGGAAAGAAACGUAAGCCAUCAACAUCUAAUAAUUUACGCGAGAGGCACUCGGGAGACGAUCGCUUGUUCUCCCGACAGCAUCUAGCUUCUCUCGUGCUAACACAUUGACCGCAGGGGAUCUUAUGAAAAACUUUUCAUAAUUUUACUCAAAGUCAACGAGAAUCACAGCUGAUCGCUGUGAAAAAUGUUAAGCGACGACGUCAAGUAUAACCGCGCAGCAAUGACAGUGUUCCUUAUAUGACAAAGUUUUGAUUAAUGCCAUUAAUGUUUAUUUUUUUAAUCAGUGUGUACAACUAGUCAACUAAAUGAAUAUAAAAUGGCAAAAAUUUAUGCACAUUUAUACAUUGAUUGAAUAGAUUUAUAGAAUUUUGAAAAAAAACUUUAUGGAUUUAUUGCAUUUUGUGGAAAAAAAUAUUAGUUUUUAUAAUAAAUCUUUGAAAAUUAAGUUAUGGAUUUGAAUUUUUUAUGUUUUUAUAACCAAAAGAUGCUAUGUGAAAGUUUGUAACAGAAAAUAGUAGUUUUCAUCUUGUCACUUUCUUGGUAUAGAAAACACGUUUUUACCGGAAUUUGUCAAAAUGGAUUUAUUGCGUUUUGGAACCAAACUCUUCAAAUAUAAUUUGUCAUUAAAAUGUCAUUAAGUGUUAAUACUCUGUCAAAUAGUUUUACAACAACAUCAUGUCAACAUAUUUUUUUAAGUUUCCUCCAUGUGUUUAACAAAUAAAAUCAGAUAAUAAUAAUAAUAAUUAAAAUGUAUAAUUAUAUUUAAUUGCAUUUGGAGACUAAAAUUAAAUGAAAACAGUACAAUAAUGGGUUAAGCCAUGCAGCAUUGGGUCCAUAUAACUUGGAAAACACUUAAUUACAUAAAAUUAAUUAAUUGAAUAUUUUGUUUGUUUCAGAACCCUCUGUGUGAGGAAGAACAAGACUGUUAGUUUUUUUAUGUAUUGUAUAUUAUACAUGAAGUUAAGUGUAAUUUUUUGACGUGUCUGUUGCAUUUUGUUAAGGUAUUUAAAAUUAUUUGACAGAGUAUUAACACUUAAUGACAUUUAAAUGGCAGUUUAAUGUUUACCCAUAAAGCUAGGUAGUUUCCUAAGUUUGUUAAUUAUUCUGCUAUGUCAUUUUUAUGACAGAUUUAUAACAAGUUAUAAUUUAUGGGUUUAUGUUAAGUUGUCAUAACAAAGACAUUUCAAACAAUGUCAUCUUUGCAUUAAAAAUGACAUAAUUGAACAAAUGACACUUAAGUUACAGUUGUCAUAAAUGUGCAUAAAAUCUCCUUCAUGUUCAAGGCAAGUGUCAUGUCUUGAUUAUGAAGGUGUCAUGUCAGUCUUAUGAACACCUCUUUAGGUAAAGUGUUACCGACUUUGCUUACAUGGUGGAAUGGGAUAGUUAUUUAGUCAAAAAUGACAUUAAACCAAAUUCAAGUUUAUUUGGCUAGAAAUUAGGUACUCAUAGCCGGACUAUCCUAAAGAUGUAAAAAGUGAAAGUUGGAUCUACUUAAAAAAAUUAUUUCAAUUGGUAGUACAAAAAAUAAGUUUUGUCGACCAAAAUGUUUUACUCAAAGUGAGAAAAUUACAUUUAAAAGAAUUUUUUUACCAUUUGAAGUACUUUUUUAAGUUAAUCUAACUGUCCCUUUUCACAGUGUAUAUCAGGUCUAUAGUUAACCUAGAAAGUGAAAUGCCAGCUAUUGCUUGCUGGGUACCCUCCAUUACCCAUACAAAGGUAGCUGACAAGAAAUUUAAACUCAAAACAAAUUAUAAAAAUGUGUAGCCAAGAAAAUCACAAAUUAUUUAGCAGGAAAAAAACAUAUUUUGAGAACCAAAAGGCACAUUUUUUAUGCUGUAAUUUUAUAAUGAAAGUGAAUUUUAAAAUGAAGUCCCUUUACUUAACAUUUGAAUAUAUUAUGAGUUUAAUACUUGCAUAAAUAUGUCAGUCAUACCUUCUCGCUUCAUUACUCUGCAACUGAUUCAGACCAUGUUUGCUCAAAUCGAAAAUUCCUGUUAGCCCAAAGUAUACACACGGACAGUCCCCCUUUGUCAGGGCAUGAAUAUGCCAAGCCUCCCCAUCAGCAUGAUCAAAACCAGAUGUACCAUGAGAGUCGAACACCCCUUAUUCUCAUCUCUUCUUAUUUCGAUUCCUUAUUUCCACCCCCUACUCCAUCUGACUUUCUUUGUCUCGCUGGUGCACCUAUUAUCUUAUCAGAUCUGCCCAACCUCAUUUCCAAUGCCAUCAGGAUUAGGAACUCUACAAGUUGGCUAUAUAUCACCCCGCUUUACCAUUUAGAAAAUCGUCCAUUUUCAUUUGAAAGAUUAUGGUUGUGUAAUUAAAAAUAAUUAUGUUAACUUUAAUGGAAAUGAAAUGUCUUGAAAGUAACAUAAUAAAUAUCACCAUAUGAGCAUAUAUUUUUUUUUAUUAAUUUAGACCUGUAUUGCACAUAUGUUUACUUUGGUACAUUAUUUGAAACACAUGCCUUUUAAAAUGUUUAAACUAUUUUAGGGUCAUUUAUUGUGUUAUUUUUCAUUCAGGGUCAUUUACAAAAUGUGGCAAAAUUAAUUAGAUCAUAAAUACCUUAACAAAGUUUACCAUCUGAAUGGUUUAAACUUUUCCUCAAUUAAAAAUUAAUUUGAUAAAAUGGUAAUAAUGUCUUUCAAAAGAGGGCUUCAUUUUCCAAAUAGGGAAACAAAUUUUGCCUAUAAUCCUACCACAGGAAUCCACUCUAUGAUGUAUUGAUUCUUAAAUCAGAGAGCCUACAUCUUGUCAACAUGAAACCUUUCCCAGUAAAAAAAACAGACUUGAAACGACUUGGUUAUCACCUUAUUGUGGCCUUCUGUGUACAAUCGGAAGCUCCUUCUGUAU